AUACACAGUGGUGGCGACCGCGAAAAAAAAAUAUCUAUGGUAUUCUCUUCGUCACCUUUUUUUUUUUCCUCUUCUUUCUAUGUUCUUCCUUCCUCCCCCGAUUAGAGAACAAAGGCAGGCCCACCAGUUGGAAUUGUUUCUUCGGCCGAGUCGGCUCCCGCCGACGGGAAUGCUCUCAUUUGAAAUGUCUGGCCUGGGCAGCCUUACGCAAGCGACUGGCUGAGUGACUGAUUGAGGCUGCGAGCACCUUCCAGACGGACAUACUUGUUCCAUCAACCCCCGCCACGGAAAACUCGUAAGCUCCUGUUGAGGGAAGCCACAAUAGGAUAUUUAACAGCCAUCACCAGCAGCCGCACAAGCAAGCAGCAUGUCGGGAAAAGCAAACGAGAUGCCGCUAAAAACUCAAGAGCUUGGAGAGGUGGAAGCGAUUGGGAAGCACUGCGACCUUCCGGAAUGCCAUUUGCUGGACUUUCUACCGUUUAAAUGUGAGUCUUGCGGCGGGUAUGUUUUUUCCCCUCCCCUCCCCAUCAUUGCUAGCAUCCCGCUCUGUCUGGAAUACUGACGAGGGGGGAUGGGGUAGAACUUACUGCCUCGACCACCGCACCGAAACUUCCCACAAAUGCGCCCAAGAAGGCCGCUGGGCUGCUGCACGUCGUGAAAAGAACUUUUCCUCUUCCCCCACUGCCCCGGCAAGCUCCAAAAUCCGCAGUCUCCUGCAGACCAACUGUGCCCACCCCAAAUGUAAAACGGUAAUAAACACACCCCGCGACCCCGCCGUGAACUGCACGACCUGUCAGAAGCAAUACUGUCUCUCCCACCGCCUGCAAGACCAGCACGACUGCGACAGAGUCAAGCCCCCACCGCCCACCGUAGCUACAGCCAACGAGAAGGCAAGGACCGCGCUAUCCCGCUUCAAAGCGUGGACUUCUUCCAAAUCCGAUAAAGUCAUACAAUCAACCCGCCCGGGUGCCUCGCAGAUCGCGGAAUUGAAUAAGCUCAAGCGUGCAGCUAAGGGCGACGACAAAGUCCCUGUCGGAAAGCGCGUGUACCUGUAUGUUGAAGCGGAGGCUAGGACGACCACUUCGAAGCUGCCUCGGGGGGAGUUCUACUACUCAACGGAAUGGACCGUGGGCAGGGUGCUGGACAAGGCGGCGCAGAGCCUGCAGGUCGCAAAUCUGAACAACAAGGCUGAUGACGAUGAGAAGAAAUUGAGGGUUUUUCAUAUCGAGAGUGGGAGAGUGUUGAGUUUUGGGGAGAAGAUUGGGGAUGCCGUGGUGAACGGGAAUACCAUUGUUCUGCUGAGGGGGUUGCGGAUGCCCGAAUUGAUGGAAUAG